AUAAGCCAGGCGCGCACGGUCACGUCGGCUCACAGCGAAUUUCACGAUACCGCCGAACGCGAAGCGUACGUCAAACGCAGUGGUAACUAAUAGUUAAGUGCGGAACCCGCGAUCUCUGUAAAAAGUUUAGUCAAUUUUCUCCCUGUCCCUCGCCAUGUGUAAAGUUACAAAGCUCGAUUCGCCGGUUCUCCUCAAGAUGCGGCACCCGCACGGAGUGAAUAACAACGGUGACGACAAGAGUGCGGAUAAAGAGUUCAAGCCGUACAAAAUUAGUGAUGAUCCCGCGGAGAUAAUGCAGAACAAGGUGGUAGACACGGAAAAGCUCCUGAGUCGGACUAAAGAGGAAAAGCCGGAGCAAGACAUCCUCGGCCAAAGCACGGAUGUGUUAAGAUCUUUUAUUAGUUUGUGCAAUGAAAUGUUAGUUAGAGCCAAGGAAUUUUACUAUCAAAGCACCAUUCUGAGAACAACGCAGCCGGCGCACAUAAUCGCUGUUGCAGCGGUCAUCCUGGUAGCAUCCCUAAUCUACCCCUCUCACUCAGCCAAAGAUUCUAGAAAUUCCACGUGCUCGAUAUUGCUCUACUUCUCCGCGUUGAGCAUGCACAUUGGAUCCCAGUUCUGGAUGACUUUCAUGUCAGGAAUUUCACUCUACUUUAAUCUGUCGAGGCAUUCAUUCGGAGACGUUCAGAAAGUUCUGUUCCCUCUUUACUUCACCUGCAACUCAAUCCUCAGUGCCGUCAUCCUUGUACAGUUCGGUCGCAUUCACGCCGCUGACGAAAAAUGGGACCACGCUAUUUACGCACAGAUCGCAGCUCUGAGUUUGUGCUUCCUGUUGGAGCUCCUGAUUCGGUUGUACAUCGCGCCACCGACUUUGCGUCUGAUCGACAUCAAGUCCCGAAUCGAGAAGUCCGUCGGGGUCGGGCAAGAGGUCGGGUGCUACAGAUUGGGGCCGCUCACUUCCUGCCCGCACUAUAUGGCCCUCCACAAGGCCUUCCGCCAGUUCCACCUGUGCGCCGCCAUCGGCAACGUUCUCUGUAUGUCCUGCUCUGCUUUUCACCUCUACUACCUGGCCUCCAACUUCAAGUCGGACUGCGUCAUGUGAGAGCCUCGCGUCUCCUCCAUAACACCCCGGAAUGAAAAAACGCUAGGAAUGCCGUGAAAGUCUCAUCGAGUUUCGAGGAAGUUUCAGCGUUGAACACACCAUUCAGAAAAGAUCUCAUCUCCUUAAAGUAAACAUGAAUCGACUGAGAGCAAAACGGCACGUACAGGAAAGAGCGCAGCCUUUUUGCUCUGCGGGCAUUUUGCUCUGGUUUGUGGAUCUCGUUUUGGCUGCUGCAAGUUUUGAAUUUAAAAAUGUAUUCUCUCCCGUUCUGCCUUGCUAAGGAAAAACGCCGUAUGAGCAUUCGAAUAUUGCCAAAUUUCCUCUCAGAAAAUGUCGAUUUUUGAGGAAAGUCGUGAAUAUUUUUCAUUGAAAUUUUCAAACUGCUUAGAUCUAAUUUCGAACGAAAGCUUCCGAAAAUUCGAAGGAGGAAUAUUCCAGAAUUUCAGGAGAAUUCGUUGUUUUUCGAAGGGAAUUUGGCAACGCCUGAAGGUUCAUACGGCGUUUUUCUGUAGCACGGCAGCGUGAGUGACACGAUUUUGGUUAUGAUUCCAUGAAGAAAUUGGAAGCAGCUCCCAGUACAACCCCGCAAUCAUCUCAAGCGAAAAAGGAACACAGCAAGUCAACAAGAGCAGUCAAAAUAGCGAACAUCGCAUGAUGCAUUUCCGGUCAUGUGACUUAAAGAUGGGAGUGACUCCUCAUUCAUUAAGGCAUGAUUACUCUUGAGCACGCCAGCAAAAAUCGAAGCCCUCAUCCAGCUUUUUUAAACUUCGAAUGCGUGUAUCGGACGUUCAAGUUAACCUAACAGGAAUUCUGACUGUGCACCCACGUGGUUGAUUGAAAAAUUGCAUCACGCAGUAAGGAUGGCGGUCCUUCUUCCUGUUGUUCUUGCGUCGUUAUUUAUUGGAGAUAGUGCCCUCUUCUGGGCAGAAUUUGCUAAUGCGCAGUGUGUGUUCCUGUAGGAAGCAGUGCAGUGUUAUUUCUGCCCCCAGGGCCCGCUGUAACACAUAUUGUUCAGUCAAAAAGACUUGUGUUCGGACUCUUGCCUAGCCAUAUAAUAGUGUCGUUGUAAACAGGAAUAAGAACUUUUGCUGUUGAUGUUGAAUGUGCGCUCGUACAAACUCGUAAGUCUUUAGUUUUGAAAAAAUAGUUUGGACUACAGUUCAGUUUGGACUCAAGAAGAUUGGAAACAAACUUCACUGAAUUUUGCAAAUUCCUAGAUCUAUGAAUUUUUUCUGCUUUAGGAGGACUCCUACAUCCAAGAGCAUCAAAUUGACUUUAGUGUGGCUCUUGAAGCAUCAUUUUCUACAUGAUGCGUGAUCAUAGGUCACACUAAAGGUCGUAACCUAUCUAUAUUUGCUUUGAAUCUCAAAUACGUCGACAAAAAAGGAGCCAGAACACUAAAGUCCAACUUUUUCUCGUAACAAAAAGACUUUUUACGACUAGUAAAUUUUUUAGCGCAAAUUAGCGAACAUUUAAUAUUAGCCGUAAGGUCAUUAAAUAUAAUUAUUUAUAUUCAUCAUGAAUAGAGACUCUAGUCCAAUUUCAACGGCUUUGUUUGGUUAAAUUGCAGGGUUGAAUUCAGAUUUUAGAUACUCUCAAAAGCAAUGGGUACUUGACAUUUAUACUCAUAGUUUUUUUGACCAAGACAGUAACUUACUCUGAAUUCAUCCUGAGGGGAGUGCCUGCAGAUCUGUAAAGUAUGUUCGGUAAAUAUUGUGAUCAAGAGCAAUGCGCUUACUCAAAAAUGAAGUUCCUAUUAAAUGAGGGGGGAGAGAGGGUAAAAUUAGAUUAAUUGCUGUUCUCUCUGUUGAUCAGAGUUCUCUGUAGUUUCUUUGUGAUGUUUAUUAAUUUGUGUUAGUUAGAAAAUUCUUAGGUAAAUUAAAAAUUCAAAAAAAUAUAAAAAUAAAAUAAAAACUCAAUAAAUCAAUAAUAUGAAAAUAGCCCUGCGCAAGAACAUUGAACUUUCAAAGAUAUUUUAUAACUUUACAAUUAAAAUUCUGUUAAAUUGAGCCUUCAAGUUUGCAAUUCAUGGUCUGGACUACACUCAAAUAAUCUUGAAAUAUAGUUAGGACUGUAUUAUGCGUUUAAGCACAGUGUGUACUUGGUAAUUUUAAAAUAUUAACGCUACUCGUAUCAUUUCCCAUAGACCCUGGUCCUGGUCAUAAAUUCACGCGUUGAACUUUAAAAAAUUAUCCAACGUUAGAGCAUCUACUUCUGUAUCCGAGUAGAAUUGAUAAUAAAUUAACUAAUCUAGAUACAAUUAUUGUGCAGCUAAUUCAAGACAUUGUAUUUAGGAUGUAGAUGCUUGUAUUUCAAUGCGUGUAUCUAUCCAGUUGCCUGUUUUUGUUUUUCUACUAAUGACAGUAAUAUUUGCGAAGUUCAAUGGAAAAAGUUGUGAUAUUGAUAACAAAUGCCAUUGCAGUAUUUCGUGCACCACUCAUUAGAUAACAACUUCACUCUUUUGAGAACAUAUUUUGCAGAUCUUUUGAGUUUUUAUUGACUGAGACGUCAUUGAGCAUUCACAGGUGAAACCUCGAAGGUCAGCAAAAAUAGUGAGCUCCACACUGGAUUUAUAGGAAUAAAAUGUCUACACGCAUACAUUUCAUCAGUCUUUUUUCAAUAAAAUUUGUAAAGAAACAUAAAAAAAAAAUCUUAAAAUGUUUAACACUUAUUUAUUUUUAGUAAUUGUUGUAGUAAAAGCAAUUAUAAAUAUAACCCACCUAUACUUAAUUUAUUUGUCUUCUUUUCAAUUUUUUAUACAUUAUCGAAGAAAUUUCCUCUACAAUGAUUUUUGUUGUCCUAGAUUCGUUUGCCUCAGUGUUAUGCGUGCUUUGUGAAAAUAAAUUGUGAGUUUUUGAAUGAAGCGUCCAGUUUUAAAUUCCAAAAGUUUGGUGAAAUUUAGACAUUAAUGCCAAAUUAAUUUAUUUUUAAACUGUUCAUUGAAAUAUUUUAACUUUGAUGAGUAUUGGAAUAAAGUAUUUCAUACUAGAAAUCCAUGCCAGUGGAUUGACCAGAUGUAUAUAUUUGACUGGAAGAAAGAUUUUGAAAACUUUGGAACUCAGUGCUUUGUUUCUUCUUCCUCUUUCCUGGGAGCCAUGGGAAGGGAUAAAAAAUGAAAAGAGAAAACUCGCUUAGUCUGCUAUAUCCCCUCCAUUUGAGUACUUUAUUUUCUUCAUUCUGCCUUUUUUAUUAAGCCACCAAACGUAAACCAUGAUUUUAAAUCAUCCUAGAAGAUGCUUAAAGGUCCUUAUGGGUUCGUAUUUUACUUCUUCAAAACUGAAGAGUAGAAAUUCAAAACUUGAUGGGCGCUUUCAGAUACAGCUAAAACUGUGAAACUGUUUCUCUGAUUUAAUGGGAAUUCGAUGCCCACGAAUAGAAAGCUUUUGUCAUGAAAAUUUGGCCAAUAUUCGGAGAAAACUUCCACGAGAGAGAUGUACAAAGCAAUCGCAUUUAACGGUGAGUAACAUCAUACACAGGCUCAGAGGCGGAUCCAGCGAUUUGGCAACACCGGACUUCCUCCAUUUAAACCUGUGUUAAAUAAUCGAUUCUUGUCGGGGCACCUGGCCCCUUCAAGAAUCGAUACAUUUCCAUAGGUAUCAAUGGAGAAAAACAAUGUUGCCAAUUUGCUGUAACCGCCGAUGCACAGGCUGAGCAACACCCGAAAGCGCUUACCAAAUGUUUGAAUUCUACGAAUAGAAUGGUUAAAAUCUUAAUUAUUCGCAUAGUACCAAAUGUAAUAUCCAUAACUAAGUAUAUUGUUAAGAGAUUGAGCAUUACUCAUUAGGCUUUAUCGUGCUUAAAUCUAAUGGCAUUUUUUUUGAAACUGGAUGUAUGGAAGGAGUGCGUGAUUAUUUUGCAACUGGCCAACAUUUUUAAUACAAUACCAUCAAAAGAGAUAACCGAUUUUGAUUUUACCAAAUGUCAGUGCCUUUAUGUACUAGAACACAAAAUAUAAUGACUUAUAUCAAUUAAA